AGCACUCACAAUGGCCACCGAGUGAUGGGCAUCAUAUAGGUGUAAAACUUUGCCGAUUCCCUGCCCGCCCGGCCCCGUUAUGUCGACCUAAAAGUCGAGGACUGAAUUAGAAGGGUCGGAAAAUGGCACUGGAAACCGUUAUCAACGGCGACAAGCAGAAGGCAGGCAAGAAAAGGGGGCGCACACUCCGUUUCGACCUCGAUCUUGUCCCGCCAACCGAGGAAUCCACCAACGAGUUUUGCUACACGGAUUUGGUGGAAGGGGAGAGAGAGAAAGGGUGAGGGGCCAACAAAGCUCGGGGAAACGCUAGAGAAGGGCACAGACAACCAACUGGCGGUCUUGGCCCAGAGACUGGAGGAGAAAUACGGGGCGCCCAGUGUAAAAAAGAGGAAGAAGCAGCGAGUGUUCGAGUCGGACCUGAUUGACAGAGGAUAUGGCUACGAUACAAACGAUUCAUUUGUGGAUGACUCGGAGAUGUACGAGGACUUUGUUCCUCCACAAGUGGACACAAAGUUUGGUGGAUUUUACGUGAACGCUGGCGAUCUGGAAUUUCGAACAGUUUGGCAAACGGAGGCGGACGAGGACAUGGAUGUUCUGAUGAAGAAGAAGAGAAAGCCAAAGAUGAAGAAACAAUCCAGUCACCAUACCCCACAGUCUAUCCUUGCCAGCCAGAAGCUAAAGAAGGCCAAGCAGCACGUCGCGGCUCAGAAGGUCCCCAAACCAAAAGCCGGGAAAGUCCUCUUCAAAACGUCGUCCCUCGCCACCUCCUCCUCUUCCUCCCUCUUUGCAAAGUCGCCUCACAAGAAGUCGACUUUGGCAGCAGGCGCCGUGAAGAAGGAGAAGGGAGAGGGUCUGGUCCUGCACUCCCUAACACCCUCUCCUUCCCCGCUGGCUGGUGUCCUCCUCUCUGCAGAGGCUGGGCCAAGCUCGCACGCGGCUGUGAAACUCGAGUCUGGUGGAGACCAGGGAGGGAAGAGAGCCGGGGAGGGUCCAGAGGUUCCCAAACCACCACCUGUUCUCCCCGAGGACCUCCCGGAGGACAUCUCCACCUCCAUUAGACUGUUUCAAGAGUCUGUAGCCAGAGACCAGGCCAGUACUCCUGAAGGGAAGAUAUCCAACAAGACUCGUGGCAGCUACGAUGAGCAGCUAACCGAACUCGAGCUGGCGUGCCGGAAGCUACCGGUAAAGAAAAGGAUCGCUGUGCUGGAGUUUGUAUCGUACAAACUGGGAGUGUCCAGAGCCACUACUAUAAAGAGGGUCCGUCAAGUCAUGAAAAAAAGAGAGGAGGAGGCCUUGGCCCAGCCAUUGCAGAAGUUGAAGGGCGGUAAGCACUAUAAAUAUUACCACCACAUGAAAUGCAGAGAAAUGUCCGUGCUUUGGGGAUAAACUCACAUUAAGUGUAUGGCUACUGCUUUUCAUACAUGUGUGCUUGACACAUUAUGAUGUAGAAUUUCACAUACACAAAGAGGUUACAUACAGCUCCAGCCGUGUGUGUAUAACUGGUAUGAUACUGGAGCUCCAAUGUUACAACACACUGUGUGUGUACAUGUUAUAAACUCGUGGUGCCAGAGAGAGAAGUUGCGGUAUGCUCUGCUGAUGAGGGCCAACAAGCCCGAAACAGCUGUCCAGAGCUCCAAAUCUUUUUUCUCUUGGCGUCACAUGGUCUAAUACCUUCAUGUACAUGUACUGUGUGUAUAGCUGUGGAUGUCAGUAUGGCAGAGCAGCUCCAACAGUACGAGGUGGAGCUGAAGACCAGAGCCGUGUCACUCUCUGCAGCCGGAGGAGACAAGAUGACUGUGACGCCAAUGGAAGUGGAUGAUGAAGUCACUGUUGAUGAAGUUUUUGAAGAGUCGUCAAAUGCGGCCUCAGAGAUGAAAGAAGCAGCAGCAAAAGCAAAGCGAGCACCUCGGAAGAAGUACAAGUGGACAGAGGAGACUAGGCACCUAUUGUGUGAGGUGGUGAAGGUCAAAGUUGAGAGUGAAGAGUUGAUGAGAGGCAGAGUCAAUGGAGAAGAAGUUCUUAUGGAGUUUCUGGAUACAAAGGUCAAGCCAAUCUGGCCAAAGGGAUGGAUGCAGAAGAGUAUUCUCUACAAGACGACAGAGUUGGUCCACAGACACUUCACAAAUCCACAGUCGAAGAAAUCUGGUGUGACUGGAACAAAAAAGCCAGACAAGGAGAAGACGACGGAACCGAAGAAACCCGGCACACCUUCGUCUCAAACUGCCGCGAAAAAACUCGCGGAAUCGAGAGAAGACUCGCCUCGCCUCUCCCAGCUGUCUCCAGCAACCAGUCGCUCAAACUCACCCAAGUCGAGGGAGAGCCCGGAGAGCAUUCAGUGGUCUGUCAGGAGUGGUAACACAAGCUUGGGGUCCCCCAUCACCAUCGUCAGAACGACUCCCACCUCGGUCUUUGGCUCUGGGGGCAGUGGGGCAGGCGGUAGUGAAAUGACUAGUGGUGCGAUGGGUGUUCAGAUAACUCCACGCAUGGCGCAGCUCCUCUCGACUGUCGCCAGUUCACAAUCACUCGUGAAAACUUCUAAAGCAACGUCCAGCCCCCCUGGUAAGGCCUUGUCUUCCACCGUAUCUCCCCCCGCCAAGAAAUCGGAUAGGUCCGCAGGGAAGAUUGCGUUACACACCGACGUCCAGGCUCUUCUGUCGCAGUUUCAGUCAUCGCAACUCCUCAAGUUUUCAGAGCUCAGCAGCACAACCUCAUCACCAACAUCUGCCGCCGCUACUGCCAGCACUCUGCAAGGUUCACCCAAAACCUCUCAACCUCCUCCUCCACAACUUCCCCAUUCCUCCCUGACUACCAGCAGUAGUAAGAGUGUCUCGUCAUCGAGAGCUAGUGGCACUGUCAGUAGUAGCAAACUCAAUAACCCCGGCAGCAAAAUUACGACGUCGCAGAUUCAGAUGAAGACCAUUGUGUCGCAGCUGAAACCAAAGGUAACGUCACGGGGGAAGCUAAACGCAGCUUCGUCGACGUCUGCACUGAAACAGCCAUCCCCACCCGUGCUGCAUUCCCUAGUCGCAACUUCUCAGGAGCCGGUUGCAUCCUUGAAUCAACAGAAACUGUCUUCUUCGUCUCUGUCCGUUUCACAGGCAAGAAACGCUGGCGUGGUUACAAGCGUAAAGAAGGUGUCUGUCGUGGCGUGUACUGGACCGACUAUCCAACUCCCCAAGAUUACCAGUGCUUUUUCAAUGGCUCCCAUGUCAGCCCACACGACCAAGUCAAAUCAGCUGGCACCAACUCUGAACCCUUUCCCUGUGCCAUUGUCUAGUAGUAAGCUGCAGGGACUCAAGAAAACCUCUCCUCCGAAGGGAGAUAGGGCUCCGAAGGGAGAUAGGGUGAGUGGAAGCCAAACUAAGCCACACCCACAAGCCACACCCACUGUUAGGAGGCCAGAGCAUUCCACCGUCAUCCAAAGGAGCCAGGUCCGGUCCACUUCCCCACUUGCAAAUUCUCGCCCUUCCUCCUCCUCCCCCCAGUCCCACCUGCCCCUGUCGGCCAUAGUUCACCACGUGUCUCCCUCCCUCCAAACCUCUUCUUCCCCCGCCUUCCUCCCUCCUCUCUCCACAACGACUGGCUCCAGUGGCGCCAGGCAAACAGCCGGUAACAAACUGCUAAUCUCCGCGUCCUCCCCCAUUGCUACACCAGAGGUGUCCCCCAUCACUGCGUUUCUUCUACCCCAGCAGCAGCCAACGUAUGCAGUUGUCACGAGUGUAUCGCCGCAGCUCCUAGCACAACAGAACGAAUCUACAGUCAGAGCUGUGACUGCAGAGUCUCAGUUUGCUGCAACGACCAUCCCCUUCUCGUCCUGUGCUUCCACGUUUAUACUCACAUCGCCCCUCUCUGGCGGCCAUUUUAGUCAUCAACACACCCCCAAAACAACACCUCUUCACACUCACCAGCAGCUUGUCCACCAUCACCAGACUCCGCCCCCUCGUUCUCUCACCAUCUCUCCGCCCACUGUCCCCGUGGCGGGGGCACAAGUCAUAGUGGGA